GCGAGCGGCGAGCUGCGCCCGCCGCGCUGCCCGGACUCACGAGCGCAGGGCGCCGGCUGGCUGCGCUCCCCUCCGCCGCCGCCUCCUCCUCCUCCCGAGUGGGCUCGGCCCGGCGGCCAGGGCGAUGUGAGCCGGGGCCCGCGGGCGCGGCCGGACCUCCGCGAUGUGGCUCAAGCCCGAGGAGGUGUUGCUGAAGAACGCCUUGAAGCUCUGGGUGACUCAGAAGAGCAGCUGCUACUUCAUCCUGCAGCGGCGCCGCGGCCACGGCGAGGGGGGCGGCCGGCUCACGGGUCGCCUGGUGGGGGCCCUGGACGCAGUGCUGGAUUCCAACGCCCGGGUUGCUCCGUUUCGAAUUCUCCUCCAGGUCCCCGGCUCCCAGGUGUAUUCUCCCAUAGCAUGUGUGCCCAUCAGAACAAUAGUCCUAGUAUGGAUGUUCUCCAUACUCACCCCAAAUCCACAGGUCCAAGGUGCCACGUUAGAGGAAAUAAACCAGCACUGGGACUGGCUGGAGCAAAAUCUGCUCCACACCUUGUCCGUCUUUGAUAAUAAAGAUGACAUUGCCAGUUUUGUCAAAGGGAAGGUGAAGGCUCUGAUCGCCGAGGAGACAAGCAGCAGGCUGGCCGAACAGGAGGAGGAGCCUGAGAAGUUCCGAGAGGCCCUGGUGAAGUUCGAGGCCAGGUUCAACUUCCCGGAGGCCGAGAAGCUGGUCACCUAUUACUCGUGCUGCUGCUGGAAGGGCAGGGUGCCCCGUCAAGGCUGGCUCUAUCUCAGCAUCAACCACCUCUGCUUCUAUUCCUUCUUCCUGGGCAAGGAGCUUAAACUUGUAGUCCCUUGGGUUGACAUCCAGAAGUUGGAGAGGACAUCCAACGUCUUUCUGACGGAUACCAUCCGCAUCACCACACAGAAUAAGGAGCGGGACUUCUCCAUGUUUCUGAACCUAGAUGAGGUGUUCAAGAUCAUGGAGCAGCUGGCUGACGUGACACUCCGAAGGCUGCUGGAUAAUGAGGGCUUUGACCUGGACCCAGGUCUGCAGGAGCCCAGCCAGAUCACCAAGAGGGACCUGGAAGCCAGGGCACAGAACGAGUUCUUCCGGGCCUUCUUCAGGCUGCCGAGGCGGGAGAAGCUGCACGCCGUCCUGGACUGCUCCCUCUGGACCCCGUUCGGCCGCUGUCACACGGCCGGGCGGAUGUUCGCCUCCGACAGUUACAUCUGCUUUGCCAGCAAGGAAGCUGGCUGCUGCAAAGUUAUCCUCCCGUUCCGAGAGGUCGUGAGCAUUGAGAAAAUGGAGGACACGAGUCUGCUGCCGAACCCCAUCAUCGUCAGCGUCAGGAGCAAGAUGGCCUUCCAGUUCAUCGAGCUCACGGAUCGCGACAGCCUGGUGGAGAGUCUGCUGGCGAGGCUGAAGCAGGUGCACGCCGACCACCCCGUGCACUAUGACACGACGCGGGAUGAGGACCUGACUUCGUCUGUGUUUCAUUCAGCAAGCAUGUGCGGUGACCACAGGUUUGGGCGUAUUGAGAUGGUGUCUUCUCAAAACAGCGAGGAAAGGGAGAAAGAGAUGAGCCCGCAGCUGCACCCCGAGGCCCUGGUCGCCGGCUUCCGGCGGUCGGGCAGCCAGAGCCCCGACUCGAGACUGCCCAGAGAACAGAUCAAGAUGAGACUGUGGAACGACCACUUCGUAGAGUACGGCAGGACCGUGUGCAUGUUCCGUACGGAGAAGAUCCGGAAGCUGGUGGCCAUGGGGAUCCCCGAGUCGUUACGUGGCAAACUCUGGCUCCUUUUCUCUGAUGCCGUCACUGACCUCGCCUCGCAUCCCGGUUACUAUGGCAACCUGGUGGAGGAGUCCAUGGGAAAGUGUUGCCUGGUGACAGAGGAGAUAGAACGGGACCUGCAUCGCUCCUUACCGGAGCACCCCGCCUUCCAAAACGAAACGGGGAUCGCUGCUUUGAGGAGAGUCCUGACGGCUUAUGCCCACCGGAACCCCAGAAUCGGGUACUGCCAGUCCAUGAACAUCCUGACCUCCCUUCUGCUGCUAUACGCCGAGGAGGAGGAAGCCUUCUGGUUGCUGGUUGCUGUGUGUGAGCGGAUGCUGCCCGACUACUUCAACCAUCGAGUCAUUGGGGCCCAGGUGGACCAAUCGGUCUUCGAGGAGCUCAUCAAGGAGCAGCUCCCUGAGCUGGCGGAGCACAUGCACGACCUCUCGGCCCUGGCGUCCAUCUCCCUCUCCUGGUUCCUGACGCUGUUCCUCAGCAUCAUGCCCCUGGAGAGCGCGGUGAACGUGGUCGACUGCUUCUUCUACGAUGGCAUCAAGGCCAUCUUCCAGCUGGGGCUGGCCGUGCUGGAGGCCAACGCCGAGGACCUGUGCAGCAGCAAGGACGACAGCCAGGCCUUGAUGGUCCUCAGCAGGUUUCUGGAUCACAUCAAGAACGAGGAUAGCCCUGGACCCCCGCUAGGCAGCCACCAUGCCUUUUUCUCGGAUGACCAGGAGCCCUGUCCUAUGACCGACAUUGCCGACCUGAUCCGGGACUCCUACGAGAAAUUCGGAGACCAGUCUGUGGCUCAGAUCGAGCACAUGCGCUGCAAGCACAGGAUCCGGGUCCUGCAGGGCCACGAAGACACCACAAAGCAGAAUGUGCUGCGAGUCGUUAUCCCCGAAGUCUCAGUCCUUCCAGAAGACCUAGAGGAACUCUACGAUUUAUUCAAGAGAGAACACAUGAUGAGCUGCUACUGGGAGCAGCCCAGGCCCGUGGCCCUGCGCCAUGACCCCAGCAGGCCCUACGCGGAGCAGUACCGCAUAGACGCCCGGCAGUUUGCACGCCUGUUUCAGCUCGUCUCGCCGUGGACCUGCGGGGCCCACACAGAAAUCCUCGCUGAAAGGGCUUUCAGGCUCCUGGAUGAAAACAUGGACCAUCUGAUCGAAUUCAAAGCGUUCGUGAGCUGUCUCGAUAUUAUGUAUAAUGGAGAAAUGAAUGAGAAAAUUAAACUGUUAUAUAGGCUUCAUAUCCCUCCAGCACUCACUGAAAAUGACCGAGACAGCCAGUCACCAUUGAAGAAUCCUCUGUUGUCGACGUCAAGACCCCUGGUUUUUGGCAAGUCCAAUGGUGAUACAGUUGAUUAUCAGAAACAGCUGAAGCAGAUGAUUAAAGAUUUAGCCAAAGAGAAAGACAAAACUGAGAAGGAGUUGCCCAAAAUGAGCCAGAGAGAAUUUAUCCAGUUCUGUAAAACACUGUACAGUAUGUUCCAUGAAGAUCCAGAAGAAAAUGAUCUGUAUCAAGCCAUCGCCACGGUAACCACUUUGCUGCUGCAGAUCGGGGAAGUGGGGCAGCGGGGCAGCAGCUCUGGAAGCUGCUCCCAGGAAGCAGGGGAGGAGCCGCAGGCUCUGGUUCCUUCUCCUGAGCAGGACUCGGUGUUUGCCGACACCCACAAUGGGAAGAGCCCCCGAGAGUCCCAGGCAUUUCCUGAAGCGGCACAGGGGGACUGGACUGUCUCCCUUGAACAUAUUUUAGCUUCACUUCUGACUGAACAGUCACUAGUCAACUUUUUUGAAAAGCCACUGGACAUUAAAUCCAAACUUGAAAAUGCCAAGAUCAAUCAGUACAGCCUCAAAACGUGUGAAAUGAACCGCCAGUCACAGCCUGAACUCAAGCUGAGCAGCCCAUAGCAGGACAGCGGUGGCUGAGACCAGCCUCCAUACCAAAGCGCAGGCCAGUGUCUGAGGUCUGGGCCGUGCCAGUGACUGGAUAACCUGGAGAUUCCUCUGCCCCACCAUGUUCCCGGCGGAUAGUACACUACACUGCAGGUAGCCCCCAACCCCACUACUGUCAUCACCCGGGCUUCAAAAGGGGACCUCGUUCUGGCAUUUUAUUCAUAUCAGUGGUACAGGCACUGAUGAAAUAUGAUCCCUGCAACACCCUGCUUUCAGGCUGAAUUUAGCAACCUUUUAAGAAAGGUUACCCCUGAGCUUUUAACUCCAUGUAAACCAGGACUAAAAACACCUCACGGGGCCACCACAAGUAAGUGAGCUAAAAAGGAACUGUACAUACUUCAUUAAAUCUAAGAUAUCCAAAGUGUACCAUUUUAGCAAGUUAAAAGUGGCAAUUAAGCUCUACAUGCCAGUGCCUGGAAAAAUGUUAUCUUAGAAUUCACAAAACACACCUGUAAAAAGCAUUAACAACAUCAUACCCCCAAUGUCCCAACCACCUGAACAGCCAUUACCAAGCCAGGGAUGCAUUUCAAAAGCACCUUAGAACACCUGCCUAGGCCCUGUGCAAAUAUUCAGAAACUCCAGGGAAUGGGGAGAAGGGGCCCAGGCACAGUAGUUAGGAAACACUCUCAAAAUGCUCCUGUAACUGGGAACUGCUUUCAAAUAGACAAGCCUAUUUUACCUGCAACUAGAAAAGGAAAAUCAAGAUGCGAAGGCAGCUCUGUAACUUUAUUGGAUAAUCAGCAGUUAGUUCUCAUCCACAUUAACUGUCUGUAGAUCUGCAAAAGAAGACAGCCCGUCACCUUCCACACCCACACACCCCGUCCCAUACUUUCACCCCCCAAGAACCUUUUCUUCAAGGGUUUAGGUAAAUGUUACUAUUCCACGUGCCCUUUCACAACCCAGAAAACAGACCUAUUCUUCUGUAUCCUUUUGCAUUUCCCCACACCAUGACACAAUGUAAAAAAGGUUUACCGAUUAUGCCUGUAACUUAUAUCCCUACUGGAAGGAUGCCAGGGAUAUAGGUGCACAGUAUUUGAACAAAUGAAUUCAGGUUAUAAAAAGGCUGAGGACUUAAACAGCUUUGUGGGAUGAAGUAGAACUUACUUUUGAAAGUGGUGACAGGUACAUAGGUAACCAACGUAUAGAGCUUGUUUGGUGAAUCUUCAUCUUCAUUCCGUUUUCUGGACAACCGCACACGGAUACGGUAUGGGACAUUCCUGAAAAAUAAGAGAACGCUGGUGUCAGGACAUACUAGUGUCAGUAGGCAGCCACCACUGCCACGCUGGGGCAGCACUGACCCUGCAGGCUAUACCGAGCACGUGCAACUGUUGAAGGUUCAGCUCCCCGCCUCCCACACAACUCCUCCUCGGGGCUCGGCCAACCUCUCAGCAGCAUCGCAGGCGACUGCAUCCCCACCUUUUCUUGAUCCAAGGACAGAAGGUGUCCUGAAACUUCUCUCGGCUCAUGCCAUACCACUCCUCCCCUAUCUCAAGGGAGCUCACAGGCACCAAUGCCAGCCCACUGCAGGGCUGAAUCUCAGAUCCCUGUCACCGCAUCGGACUCCAAUGUUAAGACACCCCCGCCCCCCCCCCCCACUCAUCUUACACAUCACCUAGUCCCCGCCAGCUCCACGCCCCGUGGCCGGUCCCACUUCCACCGUCCUCCACAGCAAAACCAGCCCCCUGCUUAUAAGCAGGUCUUAACCUCGGCACUACUGAUACUUGGGCUGGAUACUUGCUUUUGUGUGUAUUUGGGUGGCCUGCCUUGUGCGCGGUACAAUGUUUGGCCCGUGACCACCCCCCCACUACUGACAACCAAAACGCCCCCGUCCCCCAGGAACUCUGCUCCAGCGGCUUCCCAGUAUACGUCCAGACAGAAAUCCAAACUCUGUGCCACCACCUACAAGAUCUGUCCCCUGCCUAACUCUCCAUCCCCACUGUUCUCAAGCCGUACAACCUGCUCCACCUUCACCAACCUCUGUCCCCAAGUCACUGAAGUUUGUUCUCGCUUUGCGUGAUGCUCUUACCUGACCCGCACACUGCUGGCUCCUACGUCAUUUGGGUCUCAGGUCAAAGGGCUUCCCUGCAGAUACUACCCCACUCUCUGAGUCAGUUAUUUUCUUUAUACCUCCAUGUGCAUUAGCUCGUGGAAUUGUGAAAGUUCAUCUUAUAACACAGACAACUUGAGUACCUUAUUCCUUUGGCCCAGACAGCUUUGUUGAGCCUGGUGUCAAUGCGUACAUCCGGAGUUCCCAUCUCCUUCAUGGCAAAUUUCCGUAUUUCUUUGAGUGCCCGAGGGGCACGUUUCUUGAAACCCCUGAGGUUCAAACAUAAGUAAAUAAAUCAAUUAAGUACAAAAUUAAAUGAAA